GGGUAUAUUUAAUUUUCUUCUCGUUCGCAAGUCGGCGUCAAGGAUGUUAAACUAUUUUAUGAUUCUGGUGAUUGUGCAUCAUUGGCUAAACCUACUGAAUUUAGUGCGGAGGUAUUUGGAGCAGAUACAAAUGGCUGAGGGUCGUCGAUGGUAUUGUGCAAAUAACGACUCCGAGGAGUUUUACAACCUGGUCAGAAUGGACGUUGAAUGCUUUCAAAACUUGUACAACAUUCUGCACUUCAGGCUUCUGAAAACUAGUUUGAGGAAACCAUUGAGUGGAGAGCUUAAACUGGCCCUUACACUAAGCUACAUGGCUCACGGAGACAGCUUGUUUUCUACAGCCAAUUUAUUUCAUGUAGGUAAAAGUACCACCUACAAAAUUGUAGGUGAAGUGUGUCCAAUCAUUUGGGAAUUGUUGUCACCAAUUUACCUUGCCUGGAAGUCAGCAGAGGAGUUAAAAGUUGUUGCAGAGGGCUACCAAAGAAGGUGGAAUUUUCCUCAUUGCUUAGGAUCCCUCGACGGCAAGGAGAUAAGAAUAAAAGCUCCUCCGCAUUCAGGAAGCAUGUUUUACUGUUAUAAGAAAUUUUUUAGUUUCAAAUUGCUGGCGAUGUGUGAUGCGUUUUACCGUUUUACUUGGGUAAACGUCGGCGAUUACGGUUCUAUCAGCGACUUGUCAGCGUUUAGGAAUACUCAUUUAUUCCAAGCUCUUGAACGAAAUGAAGUUGACCUUCCGGAAGAUGAUUUUCUGCCACGCAGCAAUAUCAGGAUGCCCUUCUUUUUCAUUGGAGAUGCAAUAUUUGAUAUUAAGCGAUAUUUCAUGUUACCCUACAACCGAAACCGCCGUCUCUGUAGAGAAGAAACCACUUUCAAUAAAAGCUAUUUAAGUUAAACGAAUAAAUCAUUAUUGUAUUAAUUACUAUUAAUUAAACUGAUAUACAUACAAUUUUGAUAUUCUGAUGUUGAUAAUUUUUUAUUCAAAUUGAAGUGUUCAUGCCAGGUUUCGUUUUUUGAAAAUUUCAAAUUUCUGUGAAAAGAAAAUGUAUUUAAAAAAAUUUAUAUAAAUUUUAACAUUUUCAUAAAUUACUAUGAAUUACAAUCUACCUACAGGUUUGAGAAUAGCUCAGGCACACAAAACAAAUUUUUUUCGCCAAGACACUACUCCAGUAUAUGCUCAUGUCUUUAUCUGCGCUGAAUUUCCAAUCCGAAGUUAGAAUAGUCAGAUUGGCUCUUGCUUUCGAGUGAAAAACGACUCAACAAAACCAAUUGAAACAAAAAAAGGAAAAUUGUUUUGCUAUAACACUACAGUAGUUUUUUCUCUCUGAAUUAAAAUUCGAAGUCUGAAUUGAAAUAUUGGAUAAAAAUUUUGAGAUUAACUCAAAAAAUGCUUAAAAUCACGAAUGUUACAAAGAAUUUUUUGCUCGAAACGUUA